GAGGCGCCGGCGCGGGCACGGGCGCAAGCGCAGGCGGGGGCAAGGCCUGGACGGCGGAAGAUGGCGUCCCCGUCGAUGUUCGGGCAAGUGUACUCGACCUUCUUCCGCAGGUCGUCCGCCUUCGCGCUCACCAUCGUCGUGGGCGUCCUGUUCUUCGAGCGCGCCUUCGACCAGGGCGUCGACGCCAUCUACGAAAGCAUCAACAAAGGGAUGUGGAAGCACAUUAAGCACAAGUAUGAGGAGCAGUAGCUGGUGGCACCAGGCGUGAGCUCCGGCCACGGAACCCGAUCCACGGCCACGGACAGCAGCCCGGGGAGAAGGCCCAGUCAGACGCUGCAUGGGACACGUUCAUGGCAUUCAUUACUCCACCUCUGCUCCAUCUGUUCCGAGAGCUGACAAAUAAAGAGAAUGUGAAUUAUCUGUGA